AUGCGUCUUAAACAUCCAGAAACAUCAAUGACGGACAAUGUGGCUGAUGAAGUUGAACAAGUGGAACAUGCCACUAAUCGACCAACACAGCCAGGCGUCGUAACCACAGACCCAUUGACCUGGUCCAAGUGGAUGAAGAUCGGUAUCACGCUGAACAUCUGCGCUAAUGCCUUCCUAAACAAUGUCUGCGCUGCCGGUCUUGUCCCAAUUCUCGGCCCCGUAUCCGCCGAGUUUGGCAUCCCAAUCACCAUCGCCUCGUAUGUUAUGUCCUACAAUGUGCUCGCCCAAGGUCUCAGCAACUUGAUCUGGGUUCCAACCAUGCUGUGCUUCGGCAAGCGGUGGGUGAUCCUGGCCUCCAUGACACUUCUCUUGCCGUGCAUCGCAUGGGCAGCUGUAUCAACUAGCUACGAGUCACUCCUGGGAGCGCGCGUGCUCGGCGGCUUUGCGUCUGGAGCUUCUGAGACGUUUGCGCCCGUCAUUAUCGGCGACAUUUGGUACGAACACGAUCUGGCCACAGCCCUCGGCUUCUUUGCUCUAUGUACCUUGGCUGGUGCCUGUUUGGGCCAGGCAGCGUUAGGAUACGUGACGGAGGAUGUGGGCUGGCGAUGGGCAUUUUGGGUCACGUUCAUUGCCUGCGGCCUGAAUUUGUUCACCAUGUUUCUGUGGCUUCCUGAGACAACCUUUCAGCGCGGUCUCAGCGUAGGCGAUACCGCUGGCGACUUGGAGCGGAGCGAAAAGCAGCGCAAGGAACCCAUCAGCGCGAAUCUCGGGGCACCAGAUUCUGGCAUGCAUGUCCAGGGCAGUUCCUCGGAGCCGUUAACAUCCAUGCGGCCCAACUUGUGGUUUAUCCGCCACCCUCAAGUCGACUACAGUGCCAACUGGUUUAUAUACGCCGUUCGACCCUUUUCCUUCGUUCUGGCGCCAACCGUACUCUGGGCUUCCGUGGCCUACGGUGUGGCGGCGGGCGGCUUUACAUCCAUCGGCGUGUGCAUUCCGCAGCUCCUAGGGGCGCCACCAUACAACUACAAUUCCGCUACUCAGGGCCUUUUCAGUCUAUGCUCGUUUGUUGGUGUAAUCCUGGGCGGCACAGUCGGGUCUAGGCUGGUCGACAUUGUUAAUGCAAGGAUUGAGAAGCGUCGCUCUGAACACGGCCAGAGCCACAAGCCUGAGGAACGCCUGAUCAUGAUUGUAGUCCCCUUCUUCACUGUUACCACUGGCCUGGUGUUGUACGGAGUGGCCGUGGAUCACCAGCUAUCUUGGAUCGGCCCUGCUUUUGGGUACGGGAUACACUCAUUUGGCUUCGCAGUUCUUGCAGGUAUUACGUUCAGCUACGCAGUCGACUCGUAUCUUGUGCGAAGUGGCGAGGUGAUGGUGUUCAACAAUACUAUACGGGCCUUGUUAUCGUUCGGCUUUGCGCAUUUCACACCUAAUUUCUUGAACCAGGUCGGAGCCGGUGUCGCAUACUCGGUGUUGGCGGCCGUUAUCUGGGGUCUUCUGUUGUUUGCGAUUCCGGUGUUCUUCUUCGGCCCAAAGUUGAGAGAUCUCACCAAUCGCUACGUCUGA